AUGAUCGUGCGUCUUCACCGUUUUCUGUCAAUGAUCCGAAAAUUUCUCAAACAUUGUUUUUGUCCAACCCGUCCACUGGGUAUUCGCGUCAAAUCAUGUUCAGCUGUUCCAGAACUUCCAGACCCUUUCAACUAUACCAGUGGACGUUGGCUUCAUCGCGACAAGGAGCAACUCGAGGCUCGCCGCCUACGAUUUGACUUCGCCGGGUUAUGCGCGAAGGUCGUGAGUCUAUGCGAUGGUGCCGAGCGAGUGCUGAGCUACGAGAAGAAGGAAGGAGGUUUCAAUCGCGUCUUCAUCUUUCACCUCGACAAUGGUCAGCAGAUGGUGGCUAGGUUGCCUUUCAAGGUUACCAUAGCUCGAGACCUCGUUGUACAGUCCGAGGUAGCCGUCAUGAGAUAUGUGGCCUCACACACCACGGUUCCUGUCCCGAAAGUGCUCGAAUGGAGCUCAGACGAAUUCAAUCCUGUGGGUACACCGUACAUGAUCAUGGAGCAUGUUCCCGGCAUUCAACUUCACACAGCGUGGCCGACGAUGAGCACACAUCAGCACAUGCUCGUGACGAAGACCUUGGCAAAGCUAAUGGUAGAGAUUGCUCGUCUAAAAUUUCCCGCCUACGGUAGCCUCUGCUGUGCCGACGCCAACAUUGACAGCACGAACAAGGUCGAUUUUGGGAACGGCUAUAUCAGCGGGCCACACUGCGGCCCAGAGUAA